CGCUCUGUGUGCAUGACGUCCAUCGUUAGCCUGUCUGGCCUGGUACGGUGAGCAUACGUUUGCCACCCGAUGCUACCCCGGGGACGUCCGGACGUACCAUGCACCAUUGAUCCAUACCUGCCCGGCCCGCAUGUGCGUAAUCUUCUUGUUUACGUUUUCAUCAUGAAUGCUGUCGCACAGGUGCUGCUCGUGGCAAGAGACAAAUUUUAACUUGAAGUUUGAUGUUAAACAGAUGAAAUACUGGUUCCCAGACUGUUGGUGUAGUGAUUGUGGAUUAAAUGAAAUCGACAGAAAGCAAAACCUGGUGUUCAAUUGCUUUAAGUCACUCCAUAGCAUUCAUGUGAAGUCUGUCCUGAUGCUUGUCAAAUGAUAUUGAAUCCAACAAAUUUCAGGUUGUAUCAACAUAAUGAAUGUAUUGAUGAUCUCUAAUGGAAGAAACUAUAAUGUAGCUGAAUUCAUAAUGUGAAAUUGACGGUUUUUUGCCUGUGUUGAUAGUACAGGCUUCAUGCCAAAAUGGAUGGUUCAGAGUUAUCAAGCUGCUUUCAAGCAAGUGAACCUCAUCCUAGAAGCCCAAUAUCUCUGCCAGUGUCUUCUGAAAGUCUUGACAAUUCGGCAAAUCCUCCCAUUAAUAUGGAAAAAAUAAAGCCAGAUGAGGACCAAACAGAAUCAACUCACUCACUCACAGCAACUGCUCAGAUGCAAUCAAAACCAGGUCAACAGAUGGAAUUUAAUACAGACACAUCUGCACGUGACCAAAUGGGUUCUAAUGAAACAGUUACUCCAGUUGAUUGGAAAGCAAAAUCCAGUGAAACCCACCAUGCAAAUGAUCAGAUUGUCAAUGUCACAGCACAUGCUUCAGAUAGAGAGACCAAAUCUGAUCAACCAGACAUUGUUGCUGACAAAGGAACUCGUAGUGAAGCUCUUACUUCUGUGGUCAGUGAUAUAGCACAAAAUGCAGAUAGAGAGAUUGUUUAUCACACAAAGGUUGCAGAUAACAUGAAUACUGAUGCUUGUGACUUGAUAGAUGAACAGAUGGCCCAUGAUGAUAUUGCAGAUGAAUUAACCAAGGCUGAUCAACCAAAGAUUGUUGAUGAGAAAGCAAAUUCAGAUGAAGCUAACAAAAGAGAUGAAAAAAUAGUCCAUGAUAGAGAACAAAUAGCAGAUGAACCCACCAAAUCUGAUGAAUCUGUCAUUGCCCUUGAGACAACAAAGCAUGAUGAAGCUCAAGUUCUUGAUGAGAACACUUUGUCUGAUGACUUACUUAUUGCUGAUGAGGAAAAAAGAUGUAAUGAAGAUAACACUGAUAUGGUCCAUGAUACAACACAUCAAGAUGAUGCUGGAAAGACUAACUGUCAAGUAAAAGAUGGCCAUAAUACAGCACAUAUUGCAAACAAGGAGACAAUUUCCGAUCAAGCAUGUAUUGUGAAGAAUGCAGACUUAUUACAUGUAGCAACUAAUCAUGAUCAUUUAAAUACCCAGAAUUCCAGUGAUGUAGCACAGAUUGCAGUAGAAGAGACCAGAUCUGAUGAGCCAAACAUUGCUGAGAAUAGAGACUAUGCAGCUGUUGUCAUGGAAGAUGAUCAGAUGGUCCGUGAUGCAACAUAUGAUGCAGAUGAAGAGACAAGGUCAGAUCAAUUACACAUUGAUGAGAAAACAGAUGAUAGAUUAGCAGGCUUUAAAGAUUACCAGAUAAUCAAAGAUACAGUGCAGAAAUCUGAGACAAGCAGAACAGAAAUGACUCAUUCUAUGGAUAACUGCAUUGCAUAUGAGACACUACAGAAAGCAGAUGAAAAAAUGGAGUCAGUUGAAUCAUCUAUUGAAGAUCACCAAAUAGAGUCAAAUACAGCACCCAUCAGGUGUGAGAGAAUGGAUUUGAAAUGUUCACAAAGUUUAUGCAACAAGAUGAAAUCCAACCCAACCUCCUUUAUAGAAGAGAAAAUGGGAUCUGAUAAACAUCUCAAUGCACUAGAACCAAUGGAGUGUGAUUUACCUUUCAUUACGAAUGAUAAUAGAGAAGCUGAGAACAAUUACCAAGUAAUCCAUGAUAGCACUAUAAUUUCUAAGGUAGAAGGAACAUCUGUGAGACCGUGUGUUACAGAUGACCAACCUGAAUGUACAAAGUCACUUUCUCCAGAUUCUGAGACAGAAUCAUGUGGCAUAUUGCAAGUUUUGGAUGAUGAACUAGAAAUCGAUAAAAAGGUCAGUCAUGCUGUAGUAGCAACUAAUACAAAUGGUGAGCGUGAACUUGAUAUUAAUGCACCCUUAGAUAGAGAAUCUGUUGGAGGAGGCAUUGUUGAUGAUUGCAUGGAAUGUGAUACAGCAUCUGUUGCAGAAGAGCAUGAAGAAGCAUACAAACCUGGAAUUAUAAAUGAGACUCAAUUUGCAAUGAAUGACUCAGAGUCUGCUGUGCCAUGCCACUCUGAUGAGCGGGCCAAAUUUGAUUUCAGAGGAGGGACAGCUUCAGAUAAAAUCCAAGCUACAACUGAGAUGGAAUUAAAUACGGUUCCUCUUUCUGACUUGAAUUCAGAAGAGGAGGCUUUUAGGGCAAUUGCAGAUGCGAUACCUACCAAAGAAUCUGAUGACGUGCCUAGCAUGGAUGAUCAAUGUGAACUGAAAUCUGGAAAUAAACUUUUGGUAGCAGAGCCAAAAAAUUUAGUCAGUGUUAGUGUCACUAAAGAUAAUCUGAUGCCAUCAUAUGCAGAUGAAUGCUCUGAAUCCAAUUCUUUACGAAUUCCAAUUGAACAAGUGGAAAUGGAAAGUACACUUGGUUUAGUCGAGCAGAUCAAAUGUGGUAUAUCUCAAAUACCAGUUUUACAUUCAGACUCUGGUACAGCAUUUAUGACUCCACAAAGGAAAUCAGAGGUACAAAUAGACACACAAGGAGAAUCUGAUGGACCAGUAAAAGACUCACAAGCAGAAUCUGAUGACCCAGUGAUAGACAUACAAACAGAGUCUGAAGGACUAGUGAAAGAUACAAAAACAAAGUCUUGUGAACUAGUGAUAGACAUGCAACCAAAAUCUGAUGGACAAGUGAAAGACACACAAGCAAAAUCUGAGAAAUUGGCGAUGGGCACACAACCAGAAUUGGAUGGAGUAGUGAAAGACAAAACAGCAGAAUCUGGUGGACAGGUGAUAGACGCAGAAUGUGAAUCUGAUGGACUGGUGAUAGACACAGAAUAUGAAUCUGAUGGACUGGUGAUAGAUACACAUGAAGAACCAGAUAGACUAAUGAUAGAUCCACAAGCAGAAUCUGAUCGACCAGUGAGAGACACACAGACAGAAUCGGAUGAACAAGGGAAGGAUACACAGGCGAAACCUGAUGAACUAGUGAUAGACACACAAGCAGAAUCUGAUCGACAAGUGAGAGACACACAAUCAGAAUCUGAUGGACUAUUAAAAGAUACACAGGCAGAACCUGAUGAAUUGAUGAUAGACAAUCAAGCAGAAUAUCAUGGAAGAAUGAUAGACACGCAAUCAGAAUGGGAUGGACUAGUGAUAGACAGAGGGUAUGAAUCUGCUGGACUGGUGAUAAAUACACAAGAAGAAUCUGGUGGGAUAUUAAUGAACCUACAAGCAAAAUCUGAUCGACCAGUGGGAGACAGACAAACAGAAUCUGAUGAACUCCUGAAAGACCCACCAGCAGAACCUGAUCAACUAGUCAAAGACACACAAGUAGAAUCUGAUGGACCAUCAAAAAAUUCACAAACAGAAUCUGAUGGACCAGUAAAAGACACACAAGCAGAAUCUGAUGGACCAGUGAAAGACACACAAGCUUCAUCUGUUGGAUCCUUAAAAGUCCCACAAACAGAAUCUGAUGGACAAGUAAAAGACUCACAAGCAGAUUCUGAUGUACAAGUGAAAGACACACAAACAGAAUCUGAUGACCUAGUGAUAGACAUACAAACAGAAUCCGAUGGACCAGUGAAAGAUACAAAAACAAAGUCUUGUGAUCCAGUGAUAGACAUGCAACCAAAAUCUGAUGGACUCUCGAAAGACCCACAUGAUGGUUAUCAAAGAUUAGCAACUCACAAAGAAGGUGUUUUACUAGAAAGUACACAGAUUGAAGGUAAUGAAGAUGAGUCUGCAAUAGUAAUACAGGAACAACGCUCUGUAAGACAAGUGGCUGCUUCUCAGAUUGUAGACUCCAUUUUAGAUAGGCCUAUGAUGGAAGUAUGUGACAGAAAAAAAGCAAAUAGUGAUAUCAGCAGUAAAAAAUAUUCUCCUGUCUCUAUCGUGGAUUUGAAAGGUGGUUCUGCUGUUAUAGAUCUUAUUCCCAAUCCAAGAUUUGGGUUUGAAGGUGCUGAUUCAGCGAAAGCUCUUAUGAAUUAUUGUCAUCAGAAUUCGAAAAGACCAUCACCAGAAAAUGUAAGAAGUAACGCAAAGAAAAAGCUAAGACUCUCAGAAAAUCAUGGAACACUUUUUGGAACCCAGGAUAGCUCAAGUGAGAAUAGAAAUGUGGAUAAACAGUGUUGUGACCAGAUACUGCCAACCACAAAGUCUAAUGGUACAGAUAGAGUUACAACAAUUGCCAGAAUUCAAACUUUUGAAACUCAUCCAAAAUUCAUCAAAAUGGUGGUUGAUACUAAAUAUCAAGGAUCAACUUCUUCACAAUCCUCUGGUUCACUAGUGCAGAAGACAUCUGCCAGUGUACCCAACAUGUCAAGUUCAACAAGGCAAUUGUGUCCUCAAUAUAUUGAUGAAAUGGCUGUACCAAAUAUAUCAACAGAAUCUGUUCUUCCACGUACCAAUGUGAGCACAGUCCAAAAUCCAGUACCACCAUUGCCACUACCGACUGGUUUUAACAUUGUUCCAGUGGCAACAACACCCUUUCUUCCCACUCUGCAAUAUAAUCUUCCAAUGACACAAGUCCAAACAGGUAUUAGCAAUGUGCCAGUUGUGUCAAUGCCUCCACUCACCAGUUUAAGCACUGUACCAACCAAUUCCACUCAAAUGAGUUCUGCAUUUUCAAAACUAGGAAUGGCUCUCUCCUCGACACCCCAGAAUAUUGAUACAGUUGCCCCACUGCCAUCAAUUUCUGUUCAGGCUAGCACAAGAACUGUUUCAGCAUCGUUGGACUGUAAUUCUGCAAGAACGCAAACUGCAUACAGUUCUAUGAAGGUGCCAUUACAGACAUCAGGAGAUACAGUUCAACCGCUUAAUAAGCAUCAGGUUGCACCAAUCAGUGUAUAUCAUAUUGAGCCAGCAGUUAAUCCAAUUGCAUCUAUGCCCCCACUUGGCAGUUCAAGAAUUCCACCAACCAAUUUGACACAACCAAAAUCCUCAUUUUCAACUGUAAGAUUGGUCCUUCCUCCAAAACUCCAAAAUGCUGUUUCAGUGGCACCAGUACAGUCAAUCCCUGUACAGACUAGCACAAACACUGUUUCAACAGUAUCAUCAGAAUGGAAAUCUUCAGGUCGGCCUUAUGCAUACAGUGCAGUGAAUGUACCGCCACCAACUCCAGGAAAGGCAGUUGAACCACACUUGGAGUUUCCAAUAGAACCAAUCAAUGGAAUUGAAGCUGGGGCAGCAGUUAAUCCACAUUGUCCUGGAAUUGUCCAUCUAGGGUAUAAUCAAUUACCCCCUAGUCAAAGGGAUCAGGUUUUAACACCCUCCUUCUCUACGUUGCAGAAUUGCCAAAGGCAUGAAGGAAAGCAAUGCAUUCAACAUGCAUCAGCUUUAAAGCCCUGCAUUCCAUCAACCAUCUCAAAUCCUCAGUCAUCUGUUCAAAAUGCAUUCUCGCUAUACCAACAAGUAGCAAACGCCACAGUCCUUCGUCAAGUAAAAAGUAAGCCUAACGAUCCCUCUCCUGUAACCAGAAAGAACCAAGUUCAAGAAUGCUCACCAAGUAUUAAUAAGAGAGCAAAAUCUACAGUGACUUCUGACCAUACUCCCAAGUCUUCUUCACAUCCUACUGCAUCCUCUAAGAUUUCAGCACCAACUACCCAGGGUUCCAUGAAAGUUGAAUUUACUACAGUCAAAAUAGCGGUGCCAACCACUAUGCCUGCAUGGGUACUUGUGAAUCCACAUAACUUCAACACAACUUCAUCUUCACAUACUCCAAUACUUGCUUCAUCUCACACUCCCCCUUCGUAUGUUGAAGCACAUGUUCCAAGAGCAAUUAGUACUCCUCAUACUGUUGAAGACCAUACCACUAUGACCAGAGUUCAAUCGCAUAUAUCCCCUGCUCCUCGUGAACAAGCCAUUGUUAACAAAGCUAGUAUGAAACGACCUUGUGAGAAUGUUGGAGGAGAUCAAAGCAAGAAGCCACGACAAAUGAGUGAGGGGGAAAUCCUUGUGGAGAGACUGCAAAAAGUAUCAGCUCAUAUGCUCUAUGUAGUCUUGGAAUUAUUGCAGUUUGUUACUGCUAAUCGGUAUAGUCCAUUGCACAAUCCAGCAGUCUGUGAUCUGACGUCUGAGGAGCUGAGUGCGCAUGGUGUGUUGUUAGCAGCAGUAUAUGGUCAAAAGUUUCAUGAUACGUUAAUGGUCAAGAAAAUCAUUAGUGAAAUAGCUGAUUUACCAAUCCACAAUAUUGGUGAAGAUGAACCCAGGAGAGUGCAAGAAGCAGUUGAUUCUUUGAGUGAUAUAGGAUUGGCUAAGACAGAGAAAUUGAAUAGGCUCUCUCAGGUACUGUUCUCUGACUAUGAACGGGCUUUCUGCAGUGCCACUGGAAAAGCAGGCUUCCCACCAUUCUGCAAGUCAAGGAUGUUUGUCCUACAGCAUGCAUACUUACUUACAAUUGGAGGAAAUGCAUCCAAACAGAUUUCAGAAGGAGAAAGGAUGAAGCAAGUUCUUGAUUCAACAGCCAACCUUUUGAGGAUGCAAAUGACACAAGAAGGAGGGUACACAGAUCUACAGCGAGUCAAAGAUUGGAUGAAUAAAGAGCAAGAACGAGUGAAAACCAUUCUCUGUGAACAGCAGAGGGAACUUGCUGAACAAAGGAGAAAUGCUGAAAAAGCUUCAGCCUGCCGGAAUUACUUAAUGGAGAUCCACUUAGGCGCUUAUGUGAUGACUGCUUCUGAGAACAGAAUGUUGGAAGAGUUCUGCAUCUCUUAUGACCAAGCUUUGUCAAGAGAGAUACAACUGGCACAUCUUCUUGAGGCAAUCCUGUCUUAUGAUGAACUCUUGAUCAUCGCCAAAACAAAAGAAAUGCCAGAAAUUCCAGGACUUGGUGUGAAGUUUGCGUUCGUGCGACAAGCAUAUUUUGCAGUUUUCCACGAUGGGUCUAGUACCUUGACUUCUCCAAUUACAAAAGUGGAUAGUUUGAAGAAAUGGCUUUUAGGUCAUGUACUCCUCAAUGAUAUUCUUGCUAGAAUUGAAGCAGAAUCUGCAACUCUCAGGUGUCUGCUGCUUGAGACCAAGGUGAGGAUCAAAUCCCUUGCAAAGCAAAAUGAGUCAAAAGGGAAUAUAAAGCAAGAAUCAUCAUCUACCAACAUGCCCCUCAAACAAGAAGACUUAAAACAAGCACAAGGUAUCAAGAAAAGCAAUGGUUUUGAAAAUAUGCUCCCUGGAAAUCUAGGUGCCUAUGUCAUGAGUAAGGUAAUUGCAGUUCAUCUUGAGGUUGUGAAAGACAUCACUGAUACAAGCAAGAAAGAAUCUAUCCUGCAGCACAUACUCAACAAGAUUAUCACAGAAGAUGGCAAUGUUCAGAAUCCUCACCCAGAAUAUGAAGGGAUAUAUCUUGCUUUUCUUAGACAAUGCAUGUUUACUGUAUUUCCACAUGACACUCAAGAAGUACAGUGUGAAAUUUGGAAAAGAUGUACGAAGUAUAUGAUGUCCCUGCUUGGCAAGUGUUUGGUGGAAACACCCAGCAGCACAUUAUCAGUUGUGCAAGAGAAAAUGGAGAAGAACCAUGUGAGCAAUAUCAGAAUCAAAGAAGAAUAUAGUAAGGAAGGUGCAAAAUUAUUCCUGAGAUGUCCGUGCUACAAGGAGAAACUAGGCUCAACAGUGCUUUCUGCUGAUGAAGUUGCAGAAAUUCAUCAUAUUAAAGACAACAUCCAUGGAAAUUCUGAUUUUCAAGCAAGAGAAUUAGCUGUGAAUGAGCUUAUCAAGAUUAUAUUUAGUGAGGAUGAUCUUGCAUCUAUUCCUGUUUGCCUGUCCAUUAGAAAGCUUCCCUUCAAGAUUCUCAAGCUUACAAAAUUCAGAUUGGCCUACUUCACCUUAUUUCCAUCUUGCAACUUAGUAACAGAAGAAAGAGAAUGGGCUUGCUGUUGGUCUUUGUUAGCAAGAAGCGUUCACAGUUUGAUGCAAAGUAACAGAAGGUUUAUGUCUCUGAUAUAUGUUCCUCGAACAUCUCUUUGUCAGAUGGACACACAACAACAGAAUGAAAGAGAUGAUUCUGAUGAUGAAAACAUGUUGGCUGGAGAAAUGUCAAACUCCUCAUCUUCUUGUUCUUCUUCAGAAGAUGAAAGUGAAGGAAAUGAUGACUACGUUCCUUUUUUCAUUCGUACUGGAUCAGUAUGGUCUGAACGUCCAAAGAACUGGAAAUUGCUUAAGAAUCACACUAAUCGAUUGCCAUCUAUGUUAACAGCAGAAACUGAGACUGGAAAGAAGGUACCACUACCGCUAGGUUGUCGUAUGUCACUUGAAAAAAUAGGAUCUUAUGUCAUGACACAAAAUGAAGAGAAAUGGGAGGAGAAAUUGAAACACACUUGCUAUAUGAAAAAACUGUCAAGGGAACAAGCAGUGCAGCUUAUUGUAAAGGAACUGUACACUCAAGAUGAUGUCAUGUAUGCACAUAGCAGAAAAACAAACAAGCAGAUCGUUUUCUGCCCAUUGAAGAUGGCCAUACUGCGACAUGUUUACUUUGACUUAUACUUUGAUGGUAAAGUAGAUCAUGUGAAAUUAUGGAAUCAGUGUUGGGCUCAUCUUGCACAGGUCUUUGACAAGACGAGACAGCUAGCAAGGAACACAUUGCUUGGUAAAGUUGUUGUGACUGAUAAAUACAAACAGCUAAAGGAGCUACAAAUGCGCAAGGAAAAACUACGAAAGCAUUACGAGAAGGAGCACUUGAGAACAGAGGAAUCAGAACAGAAUACUGGAAAGUCUUUGACAGAUAGUCCCGGUAUUUCAACACCAAAUGCAAACCUCUCACCUGAUCAAUUGUCUCAAAAAGCCAGUGCCAGCAAUACUAGCUCCACCAAUAAAGGCCAUGAACCAUUCUUUGUCAAGUCAAGAAGUAUUGAUCCAGGUUCUACAAGGACAGAUGUUGUCACAUUACAGAGACCUGUGAGUAGUGAUACAGAGAACAAACUAUCUCAUACUCUGCUAACAGAAGAGGGAGAGACAGUGGUGCUGAUUCAUGGGAAACCAGUUAAUGAGUCAAAUCUUGGAUCACAUGUAAUGACAGAAGAAGAAGCUAUCUGGACACAAUCUCUGAAAGACAUCUGUAUCAAGAGAAAUGUUGGAAAGGGGGAUGCUGCCGAGUUUAUUACACAGAAUGUAUACACUGUAUCUGAAAUCAUCAACUUUCAUGAAAGGAGGAGACAAAAGAAAUUGCUGUUUGACAAGUCAAAAAUUGCCAUCAUACGACAAGUCUUCUACACAAUCUUCCCUCCUGAAGGUGAUGAAGCACCCAGUGAACUAUGGUGUUUCUUCUGGGCAUACUUCACCAAAGCAUGCCAAAGACUGGAAAAGAAUGGAAGAACUCUGCCUAAUGAAAUAUCAGAGCUUCGUCCUAGUGAAAGAGGUAAAUCUGUAGGGAAAAGACCCAUCCAGACGCAGUUUGUUGAAUGUAAGAGACUGAAGCAAGGCAGCGAAGAAGGAAAUGAAGAUACAACUUACCAAACAAAUACUCUGCAUGGGAAGAGUAUCUCACGGAAGGAUGCAUCAUCUCGACCUACAGCUAAAAGAAGUGAAGCACUAUUCACUUUACGUCCUCAAUUUAUGAGAUUGCUCCAGUGCUAUUCAUGGAAUCCUGUAAUUCUUGUAAGAUUUCUGGCUGCAAACAUCUUCACUGAAGAAGAACUCCUUGGAUGUUCUAACAACUUGAAAUCAUUGGAUCCAUCCAAAAUGAAAGCUUACGAAACUGCAUUUUCUCAGUUUUAUGAUCCUGCUGACUCUGCCGCAUCUUGCUGUUUGAUCAAACACAUCAAAGAUCUUUAUCAAGCAACAACCUCUGAGUAUUGGGGCAGACAAACAGCUGAUAAAUUACAAUUGGAAGUAGAGAAAUGUGCCAAACAGUGUGGAUACAUAUCAAGAUCUGGAGACCCCAUUCAGGAAGAGAGUUUGAAAGUACCUACUAGUGCUACUAUAGAGAAAUCAGUAUUUUCAGUGGCUGAGAGAUCCAAGAUGUGCAAAGAUCUUCUGGAUGAUGAUAUAAAGAAUCUCCCACAGUAUAAAUUUGAGAGAUGUGUGUAUAUAGCCUCUAGGUUAAUGGAGAAACUAUUUUCUAGGGAAGAACUUUUGACAGGUAAUACCUCUGGUACCAGAGGAAUGUGUGCCCUUGACCCUAAGAGGCUUAAUGUUCUUAAACACACUACAUUCGCUAUUGCUGGUGUUGCUCAAUCAUCACAUCAGAGAACAUGGGAUAGAAUUCAUCUUGAAAUUGACCAAGCCCUCAAAUCAAAAGCUUUCCAAUUUGUUACCGAGGAUAGAAGAGUGGAGAAGGAACUAGAAUGUGCAACAGUCCUCAUCAGCCCAAAAUUCAGAAGUCAGACGCAAAGAAAAGAAUCUGAAACAGGAUUUCAUAUGAUCUCUUGUACAAGUCUUAUCCCUGGUGGGCUCCGUAGAGAUCUAUUGCUAUGUGCGAAAGAUCACACAGAAGUUCUGAAGAAAUUGUUGAACCAUUUCAUGCGCAAAGAUGAAGAUUUCAGCCAAUUUCUCUUCCGGUCUCCAAGCAAGAUGAAGUUGAUCAGAGCUGUAUAUUGGAGCAUAUGCUCAAUAUCAAUAGAUGAGCUAGGCGAUCGUUGGAUCAAGGCAUUGGAGACAAUAUAUUCCCUUGUAGAAAGCGGGAAACUGUAUGAAAAGUCAACAACUAGAAUCGAUGUAGAAGAGGAAGAAGGUGCUGAGACUACAGAUAUCAAGUCCAAAGUUGAGUCUACCCAGCUGCAAGACAAGACUAAUUUGUCUCAGGAUAUGUCUGAUGAAGCAGAAGCUGAUAGCAUGCUAAAGAGGCAAAGAAACAAGGGAGACAUUAAAGACCCAACUAUUAGCUUGAUGAAGUGCUACAAGUGGAGCAAGGAGGUUGUGAUGAGAUUGUUGAUUCAACGUAUCUUGACUGAAGCAGAUAUUGAUAGUACAGCAAGAACCAUGGUUCUGAACAAGAAAAAAAGGAAAGAAAUAGAAAUUUUAUUCUCUCAGGUUUAUGAUGAAGAUGAAAAGGACCAUUGUUGGACACUGAUCAAGCAAAUCAUUAAAGAUGUGUCAUCAGAGGAUAGGAGCUUGUUGUAUAAUGUAUGGACAAGGAAGUCAAAGAAAAUUGCUGUUGAAGAAGCUGCUGGUGCAACUCUGUAUCAGGAGAGCAAAUCAAAAUCUCAAAAUCCAGGAAAUCUUGAUGCAUUCAUUCAAGAAGAAUUUCCAUGGCUUCCAUCUGGUGAGGUGGGCAAGUGCUUGUUCAUAUCUGAUCAUAUGAGAAAAUGCUUUUUUAGCACAGAAGAACUUGCCUUUGGUAGUUGCUCUGGCUCUCCUGGAUGGCUGCUGCUUGAUCCAAAACGGAUGGAUGUCCUGAAGCAUGUUGUCUUUACAGUAGCAUCUGUCCCAGCACACAAGAAAGAAAAGAUGUGGCAGAUUUGUAGGAACACAAUGGACAGGAAGAAUAGGAAGCUUAGACAACAACUUCUAGAGGAAGAUGAGAAAGUAGAAACAUUGAUCCAGACCAAUCCCAGUGCUCUUUCUGAGCAAAUUCCAGAUGAUGUCAGAAGUCCAGUCAUGCAGAGUAAGGAUAAUGCUGUAACUGUGAUAAGAGUCUUAGUUCAGCAGCUCUUCAAACCAGAGGAUCUUAUGGGAGAUGCAGAUGAAAUGAUACCUUCCCAGAUGAAAUUGCUUCAAGAGCUCUUCUUCAAAAUUCAUGAGGUAUUACCCUUAGAGAAAGAGGAUGCUUGGAUACAGGCAAUGAGGACAAUCAAUUAUCUGAAUAAGAUAUCAGGUUAUACCUUCAAAAGUGGGGAUGAUGGGGAUAGUUCUGGUUCUUUUGUAAGUGACAAUGAAGAAGACUGGAUAGAUAGUAUGGAAAAUUAUCCAGAAGGUGGAGAAUCAUCAGAUGAAGAUGCCACUCCUAGAACUCAAGAUGGAAGUGUCAUCCAAGAGAUGAUGAAACCUUCUGAACCAGCAAGUGAAAAAAAUACAACAGUUGAGACAAGAUCUGCGUCAGGAGGACCCACUUCUGCAUUAGCAGAAUCUGUCAGAUCAAGAAACUCAAAUAUCCGUGAAAAUCAGCCUACAGGGACAAGGAGCUCUGAAGAACAAGUUAAACUAGUUGAUUCUGUCAGGUCACAAGCCUUCAAUUAUGUUGAGGAUCAGGGUAAUAGAAUAGGCAGCAGUAAAAAACAGAAGAAACCAGCCGAUACUGUGAGAUCAAGAAUGUUAGGUACAAGAUUUGGUCAGCAUAGAAGUUCAAGCAGCACAGAAGAAAAUAUGAAACCAGCUGAUUCUGUCAAGUCACCAGCUUUCAAUAAUGAUGAUGAACAGGGUAAAAGGAAAAACAACAAUGAAGGAAAGAUAAAAGCAGUUGAUACUGUGGGAUCAAAAACGUUAGGUACAAGAGUUCGCCAGCAGAAAAGUACACGCAGCACAGAAGAAAAAUUCAAACCUGCUGAUUCUGUAAAGUCACAAGCCUUCAAUGUGACAAGUGGCACUGAAGAAAAGGUGAAGCCAGUUGAUUCUGUAAGAUCAAGAACCUUUUCUAAUAGUGUUGGACAGCAUAAAAGGGCUAGCAAUACUGAUAAGAAAAGGACACAAGUAGACACUGCGAUGUCAAGGUCGAGCGAUAGCGAUGUUAGCCAGCAUAAUACUACAACUAACACUGAAGAAAAAAUGAAAGCGGUUGAUUCUGCAAGAUAUAGAAACUCUAUUAAUGGAGAUGGCCAGUGUAACAGAUCAAGCAGUUCAGAAGACAAAAUAAAACCAGUUGAUGACACCACAGGAGACUCGUUGGAUUGGUAUAUCCUAAGACCAGUUUUAAUGCAACUGUACAAACAUCUGAAGGCAUAUAAGCUGGAAGAAGAUGAAAUAAUCGAUGAACUGAUAAUGCACAUUUUUGGAGCCAAACUGCUUGACGGUCAGAGUGUAGCAUUGUCUCUUGAUGACAGCAUUGAGAUGCUGAAGAGUGCAUUCUUUCUCUUGUACAAUGUGCCAAGUAGUGAACAAGUAGCUGCCUAUGAUCGUCUUGAGGAAAGGUUAAUGCACACUCUGAUGAUUUUAGGACAACAGUUAACCCAGAAUAUGGAUGAAAAAUUAGUUGAAGAUGAGGCAGCAGUGAAGGUUCUCAACAAACCAAAGCCAUACCCACCAAUGCCCAACUUGGACGAAAAAGUUAGGAAAAUGAGAUCUCUCUUGAUGGAGGCAUUCAGAGCUGAUGAAAGAAUUGAAAUGGACACUUCAAAAUUGAAGAAACUGAAAGGAAGCAAAGUAGAUGCGGUAAUAGCUGCUUUUCAGAAAUCAUUCCCUUCAAAGGGAAACACUGACAGGAAAGAAGUGAUGACUUUGAUCUACAAUCUAACAGUGGAAUUGCAAGAACUUGUCACAGAGAAGCUGAGGUUCAAAGUGGACAGUUUAGCUGAUGCAUUUGUUCAAAGGGCUGUGUCUGCAUUGGAGGCAAAAGCAAAGCAGCAAGCAUCCUCCACCUCACCAGCAACACCUCUAUUUCAAGCUGUGAUACAGGAGUUAGCUUGUGUCAAAAGAGCUGUUGGUUUAGUUCCAAUGGUCAGGGUUCUUUUGAGAUAUCUCUUUACCUCAGAAGAGCUCGUAGUACUUCAGCAGUCAGACAUGAAUCACCUUCCUCCAACAUUACAAGUUCAAAUGGACCUAAUGCAGAGAACAGUGUAUAAAGUUACAAAGACUCCUUCAAAUGAGAGAGAAAAUAUGUGGUCAUGCAUUCAGUGGAUAGUCACCAAAGAAAUCCAGGAUCUGAAGUCAGUAGAUGAUGAAAGCAACAAGAAAAAGGUCAAGAAUGAGAUAUUCAUACCUGUGUACAAUCGAUGUGCUGCUCUGAAAUGUGUUAUGGGGGUGGUUCUCCCCCUAGAAGAACAAUCCCAAUUCCAUGCCAAUCCACAAGUGUUCGAGACAAGCCAUCCAGAAAAAGUCAAGGAAAUGAAAAAUCUGUACUUCCAAAUCAGAAACAUACAGGAACUGGCUAAAGAUGAAGAGUGGGAGCUUGUAUGUUCUCCUAGGAAGAAUUAUGAGAUAGCACAGCAGUUAUCAUUCCCAAAGAAGGGUACCAGAGAACACAAAUCAGUAAGGGUUGAGAUACCAAAGGAAGCUUUGAUGUCACCAACUUCUGAACAUGAAAAUGUCAAAACACUAUCAGAUGAAAGAAACAAACAAGAACAGGAUUCUAAGCAUGAUAAAAAGCAAAACCAGAAGCCAAAAGAAAAAACAGAUGUCUUGCCUGUUGAAAGUCGUAAACCUGCAGAUAUUGGGCAGUCUCACAUAUCAACAAGAAGUAAAUUGAAAGAGGCAUCAAAGGAAAGUAACAUAGUUACUACAAGAAGUAAAUCUAAGGAGGCAUCAAAGAAGAGUAAGAAUAUAAUUACAACAAGAAGUAGAUCGAAAGAGGCAUCAAAGGAAGGUGUAAGGAGAAUUGAAGAUAAGAAAAAAGUUUCAUCAAAUAGUAAAUCGCAAGAAGUGUCAAAGGAUCAGAUCCAUAAUCUCCAUGAUAAGGACAAGUCUCUGUUGAAACAAAGUGAUAGAAAAACAGUCUCAACCAAUCCAGUUCCCGCAAUUUCUCAGGCGACAAGUCUGUCAGUCCCACAUAAGAAAACAAUUGUUGUUCUUGUCGAUUACAACAUUUGUGACAGUGUCUGUAAAAUAAUGGCUGAUGAGGAGUCUAAGAGGAAUGAAAUUGACAUAAAGAAAGACUCUGAGACUAGUCCUAGCGGUGGAUCCCCUCAAAAUCUCGGCCGGACAGAAGAUAGAGAUGGUGAUGCAAAUGCCAAAUUAGAUAACAUUGUCAAAGACCCAUUAGAGAGAGAUAAGAGAGUUACAACUGAUUCUUCCCCUGAAAAGAAAAAAAAUGAGAUUGGAGACAAUAGUACUGUAAAUUCUGUUAAGCACAAAGAAGACAGUGGCCAAGAUAUUUCAAUGACAGAAGUGACACAGCAAGAGUUAAACCUAACCAGGUCUCCAAGAGGGAUCACUUUUGCUGAGGAGGACACAGAAACAAAGAAAAGCAAUAAUGUUGACCAGAUUGAAGUAGCAGUCAGCCUCCUUAAAAGUGCUGUAGAAAAUAUUCCAUGUGGAUCUGAUAUUGACAAAAGUACAUCUUGUCAGCCAAUAGAAGCUGAAGAGUUAGCUGCAAAUAAGGAAGUAAAGACUGAAGAAAGCUUACCGUCUGUUGAAGAAGAAAAGGUCACUAUUAACAACCUUAAUCAUUUGUCCACUCCUGCUGAUAGUAAAGAUGCUAAUGCCAAGAAGGUUAUUAGUCCUACAAGUACAGAUGAAAUGCACAAAAAUGACGAUUCAGUCACAGAAAAUGCACCCUCUGCUGCCUUUCCUGUCCCUGAUGAUGACGGUAACAUUUUGGGGAAAGUGAAUAACAGUGAGACUUUCUCUGAUUUAGAUGAUGAUAUGCUUGAAGAUGAUUUCGAAAAAGAACGUCUUCUUGAUGAAAGCUUGGAUGCUAAAGCUGUGUCUUCUAUUGACUCUCGGACGAAUGAUCUGUCAGUUGUAGACAACAGGGAUAACCCUCAAGUUAGGGGUGAGGAUUCUUCUGCUGUUACAGCACAUUGUCAAACUAUUUCCUCUAACAAUACUCCAAGUAGAUUUGAUCAAUCCUCAGAAGAUUCUCAUAAUUCUGCAACUGAUGGCCAGAAUACUGAAGCAACAACCAUGGAAGUGAAUUCCCAAUUGUGUGAUGUUGAAUCAAAGGAUGACAGAGAAACUGCAUUGAAUGAUACUUCAAGAAGUAAUAGAUCUCAAGGUGUUUGGGAAUCAAAUGAAGUCCUGGAGACUAAUAAUGUACGUUCUCAUGACUCUAAGAAAAAUGGACAGCCUUUGGUGUACUCUGGAAAAGAAACUCAAGAUACAGGUGAGAGUUUGUGUGAUGUUGCAGCACCUUCCAAAGCUUUGCCCCCUGCUCAUAUUUCAAGUACUAGUAGUAUACAUUAUAUUUCGUCAGAAUUUACUCAGAAUUCUGCUAUUGGCAACCAGAACAGUGACGAAGGAAUAACCAUGGAAAGGAAUUCCCUAGUAGCAGAUGGUGAAUCAAAGAAUUACAGAGAUAGAAUAUUGAAGGAUUCUUCAAGAUGUGAAACACCUGAAGAUGCCCCAGAGACUGAUAUUGUACAUUCUGAUGACUCUCACAAAACUGAACAGUCAUUAGUGGAAUCUGGAAAAGAAACCCAAGACAGAAAUGAGAGUUCUUACCAAACUCAAUCCUCUAUCAACACUUUGGGUGGAUGUGAUUUUUCUUCAGAUUUAAUGGAGAAGUACGAUAUUAGUAGCCAGAAGAGUGCAGAAAAGGUAACCAUUGAAGCAAAUACCCAAGUAACAGAUAGUGAAUCAAUUAUUGAAGGAGAAACCUUGUCAAAUAAUGUCUGGAAGUGAAACUCGAGAAAGAGUGAGUUAUCCUGAUGCCACAGCACCUUGCCAAGCUUUGCCCUCUACUGACGUUCCAGGUAGAUUUGAUAUUUCCUCAGAAUUUUCUCAAAAUUCUGCUAUUGAUAGCCAGAAUAUUGAAGAAACAACCAAAGGAAGAAAUUCCAAGGUGAAUGAUGUUGAAGAAACCACACAAAUUGAUACUUCAAGAAGUCAUACACCUCAUGAUGACCUUGAACCAAAUAAAUGCCCAGAGACGCAAAUUUUACCUUCACAUGACUCUGAGAGAAGUGGUUGACACUGGGAAAAUUGUGACUGUUAAUCCUUUUUCUGAUAAUACAAUUGAACGGAAUCCAACCAAUGUCAAGCAGAUAUAAGCUAUGAAGCUACAAGUAGUACACUGAAUUAAAAUUGUACUAAAGCAGUUGUAAGUGAUGAUUCUUUACUUCAAACACACUUGUUCAGGAUUUUGCUAUCAGUAAUCAGAUGUUUGAACAAAGUAGUGAAUCUCCAAGUAGUUGAUGAUGCAAGAGAACCUGUGGUGAUGAAUGAGCAGUAGUCCUCAAGACAGUCCUAAGUCAAAUGAAGACAAACUUCAUAGGGCUUCUGAGGUUGAGGAUAGACCCAAAGUGAAAUCAAAUGAAGGAAAUAUGGAAUAUAACUAUUUCUUCCUCGAUUGACUCCCAACCACUUAAGAAGAAUAAACUCUUGUAGAUAGUAAAACAUCAAACAUUGUUCUUUUAUGGGCAGCUCAAGUUAAGCAAUCAUCUGAUUCUUCAACCUAAAUAACCUUUAAUGACAAUGACAAAGCUAUCUUUUUAACACAAAGAAAACUUGUGAGAAAUUUAAAAACAAACACUCCCAGUCUCCAUGUUAUAAGGUCAUGCAACUUUCCUUAACUGGAUUUGAUGAUAGAGUUUUAAUAUAGUUGUUAUGAUUUUUAUUUUUGCUGUCUAUAUUUGAAAUUUUCAGGAUGUUUGGGCUAAAAUGGGUAUAUCUACAUUCUUUUUCAAAAAAAUGUUACAUAUGCCCUAGAUCAAUUUGUGAUGUAUUUACAUUUCAGUCUUGUUCUGUUCUUUCGGAAAUAAUGGGAGUGAUAUUUGUGAUCAACAUUCAUGAUAAUCUUCACUUUGUGUUGAUAAAAUCUUAACAUGUGAUAUCCCUUGUUUUAUUAGCAUUUAUAUAGUGCUUCAUGCUAUGUGUUUCUACAUUGUUAAUACCAUGGUCAUUUGAUCCAUCACCGUUCCACGUAUUUAGGGCACCAUCCACUCCUGAGGGAGUAUCCUUAUCAAGAAACAGGUUUUUACUGGAUCACAAAGAUGUGACUCAAUUACUCAUCAUUCUUGAUGCAUCAGUGUCACCACUGCACAAAUAUAUAUUUUUAAUUUGUUAUUGCUUUUUAUUUAGUUCAAACUUCUUAUUGUAUGACGUUGAUGAUGAACUAAUUCUCCUUUUAAAUCAAUGUUAUAUACAAAGGUUUCAAUGGGGCUGUGGUUUUACUGAGUUUAUGUUGGUAUGUAUAUGAUAUAUUUCAUGUGAUGUACAGUAUAUUCUCCAUAUAAGUGGAGUUCCUAAGAUGUUUUCUAUUUGUCAUGAUUAUAUGGUUUUAAUGCAAGUUCUCACAUUGUUGCUUGCAUGAAGUGUCACUUGUUCAUGAGUUCCAUUGAAUAUUCACAUUUGUUUGAUGAUCAUAUUGAUUCUCUGCUUCAUUUUACAAUGAUACAAUGAAAAAUAUUCUAAAUGUAUUGUCAUAAAAAAUUGAAAUAAGUAAAGAAAAGUGUCAGAGUUGAAGAGUUGAAAUUUUAAGGUCUGGAAUAUUUAAAUUUGUCAGCUGGAAUUUAUACAUGUAUAUUUACUUGGUUGAAUUUCAAAACCCACUCGCAUGUAGAACUUACAGGAUUUGCGUUUAUAACUGAGUGAAGCAUUGGAGGGAAAGUGAUAUUUUAAAGUACAUAACCUGUAACUUCUGUUUAAAUUCUGCAGAAAACCAUGAGUGGAAGAUCAAAUGAUCUCUUGCUUGGAUAUUUUAAUAGAAGUUGUCAAUGAAUCUAUUAUAAUUAAUCAUGUGAACUUGUAUAUUACUAUCAGGACUGAACAUUCUCAUACUGUUUCAUGAGUGUAUUAAUAUCAAGUAGGUUUAAUGAAGUCUCACUAUGACUCCCAUUGUUGGUGAUAUGAUUGUCAAAUUGUGCCAAAGAUAUGAAUAUGAUUCUAGUGUAAAUUUGCAGCAGUUGAUAGAUUUCAUUAAAUUGUAUGCAUUGUACUUUGUUCAAAGGUAUAUCCUGAUAGGGUUUAGUUGUUUUGCAGUUUUUUUUUUUUAGAAUUUUCAAUUUGAAGUAUUGAUUUACUAGUAUUAUAAAAUGAUAAAGCUUUAGUAUUUUAUACAAAAUGAUGAUUAAGAUCCUAAUAAAAUGAUUGGCUGAAAUCUUUCACCUGACCAGUCAUUAUUCGAUUACAUGUAUGUGAAAACUUUGCCAAUGACUCCUCAUGGUUUGUAUACAAGGUUGGUUUAUCAAAUAACAUCACUAUCCACAAAAGACAUGUAAUAUAAACAUUUUGAUUGGGCAUUUGAAUGAUUCUGCACACCUUUUAACUUUGUACUGUUCCAAAGGUACAUCGUGAGUUCUAUUUUUACUUAUCUCCUUGACAAGGUGUAUUAUUUUGUAUGAUGUGAUACUUCUUUGUUUUGACAUAGAAGUCAAAACAAAUCUUGUAUUGGUUGUAUUUAAUGUGUUAUGUGUUAGAUGAAUGUUUGCAUUGAAACUUUUUUUAUCUGGAUGCAGUGUUGAUGAAUUCAUAUUCAUCAUUGCAUUUUUGAUCACUGUACUUGUGAAUCCUAAUAUAAUUUAGGUAUAUUGUGUAAGUGGGGCUGAGGGGCUUUAGCCCCCCCCCCCCCACUUUUUCCAAAACCGUGUACAAAAAUGUAAAAUGACCACAGGAUUGUAAUUUUUUUUGCAUGGUCAGCCCCCCCCCCACAUUGAAAAACGUUCCACGGCCCCUGUAAUUAUAUACAUAUCACCAUUAUUCUGCUAUAUUGCAUGAACUAUUUUUAGUUCUGGAAUUCAAGAAAUGCAACCUAUCAGUUUCUUUAAUUAGUCAGCUCAUAAUAUGUAUGCAUUCUAUUUUUAUUAUGUAUUUUCAUUCAUUCUUCAAGUUAACAGAGUGUAAUUAAGGUAUGAGUUUUGUGUUAUAUUUCAUGUACUUCUAUUAUCCUGAAAGUGUUUGAAUGUAGAUCAAAGGAAGUGACUGAUAUGUAAUGCAUUAUUUUCUUUGACUCGUAUAACAGUAUGUAUAUCUUACCCCUACAUGUAUAUAUGGGACCUUCAUCAAUUUGUAUGCUUUUCAAGUUCUUAGAAAAAUUGAUAUGACCAUGCCUUGUGUAUUGUUAAAGUUCAGUAAAUAUGUGAUGAAAUGAAUGUCUUGCAUUCAAUAAGGUUGAUUAUUUUACGGAAUUACUCAGCUGUGUUGUUUUUUGCCCUCUGUAUGAAAGGUGAAGCUAUGAAUAUCAAUUUUCUGAAUGAUGGUUGAUUUGGAAAAAAAAAAUGUUGUACAUAUUAUGUUUACUGAUGUCUUGUCUAAAUACUAGUAACUAUUUUGAGAAGGUGGAAGAGACAUUGCACUUAAGAGAGAAUUUCUAACAUAGUAUAGUGCUUUUUAUUGCACAUGGAUUUGUCAUAUGCUGCCAUCUGCUGCUCACAAUGUUGUGAUAAUGUUGAGAGUCACUCAUCGACUGCUUGAGUGCCCUCUCCAUUCAACAUAUCAUUAAUCAAGAGUAUACAUUUGCUAUACUGUUAUGUUGUUUGUAUACCUCAUUGUAUAGAUGGAUAAGCAACAAAGACGUCUACUGCCAAAUAGUGGAAUGCAAUUUGAUCUUGGACAUAAUUUAAACAAUUAUUGAUUUAAUGUCACUGUGUUGUUUUUCUUGAAUGUACUAUACAUUUCCAUCUACAUGUAUAUUUGAACAAAUCUUUUUUCUAAAAUGAUGAGUUAUAACUGUUGCCAAAUUUUGAUGAUUUCAUCUGUAGAGUAAUAAGUUGUACAUACAUAAACAUGUUCGUAUCUCAGUGAUGUCACAAUCUUUGGAUGCAUUUGCCAUAGGUAUUUUUUUUAUUACAUGUGAAUCAUAUCUGAUAAUGGUGAUGGCAGAAUGCUAUGAAAUAUAAUUAAACAAGUUUCAUCAUUGAGAAUGGAUAUUUUUUUCCUUUCCUUUUGCCCAUUACAUUAUUUCUGGUAUGCAUUGCAUGACUAAAUGAAAGAGUAAAAUUUCAAUUUGAUCCAUUCAUAUGAAAAGGUAAUGUUCAUAACAGUGAUUACUCAUUAGGUUAUGGUUCUUGUAGAUGAACAUUAUUUUACAUUCAUUUAGAUUUGUAAAAGUGUUGUAUUUAAGUUGUAUACUUGCAUUUUUCACGCAUAAUGAGGCCAUGUGUACAUUUACUUGUAUUUUUUUGUUUUUUAGUCUCAAGUGUUUACUAGUUUUUGUGUACAUUUAUACAAUUAAUGUGAUAUCUAUUUAAAGGACUAAUGACUGAUAAUGAGGUAUCAUACGAUGAAUUAAAAAGACAUAAGUAUACUCUCUGAGCACUAAUGUUUUUUUUUUAAUUUUAACAUUUUUGGGGGUACUGUGUAAACCAUAGCCGGGGGGGGGGGGGGAAUCCAUGUCAUAAGCAUAUUUGUUGUAAAUAGAGGCUUCAUUUUAAGGAAAUUAUUAAAAUCCCAUUACCUGAUUUAUUUUCCCUACAUUGAUGUUACUACAUACUUGUUAGUGUAACAAAUAUAUCUUGUGUACAUAUACAACAUGUUUUUUGGGUCUAGUAUGCCAUUGUAUAUAUUACAUCAUUCCAACAGGCCCCUAACAUAAAAGGAUUAAUUGAAAAAUGUAAAAUAGAUUCAAUGAACCUGUAUGUCUUGGGACCCCUGAAUGAAGGAAACUACAUGAAAAGUUUUCAACUGUGAGUAUAUGUUCAAAUGUAAUCCAUCCAUAUUGUAAAUGGUUUAUUUUCAUUCACAUGCACAAAGAUUUUGUGUUACAACAUUGCAUCAUAUUCUGUAAUGUAUACAUAGAAAAGAAAGGAAGAUAUUUUGUUUAUGUUGUGUUACUGUUUUUAUUAUCAUAGUUCUGGAAGUGAGAAAAUGUACAUGCGAUGAAUUUUAAAGUCAAAUUAUUAUUAUUUUUAUUUGUUCUGAUCUCCAGAAUGUAAUGCUUUUUGUUAUUUAACUGAAGUGGGGUUUUUAUUGAUUUUGAUAUGCUCUGUUGAAUGAUUAUGACAAAAUUAAGUCACACGGCAAUUAUGUGAUACUCUGGUAUUAUGUUUCGCCAGAAAAUAAAAAGCCUCCAUGUAUAUAGAUUGUAAAGUUACAUGCAUCUUGUAUCAAUUGUUCACCUUAUUUUGGAUAUUAUAAACAUUUGCCA